GGGUUUGGACCUUGGAAGGGGCCAGGUGUCUCAUUGCCUGGUUUUUAGGGGAAAAAAAUCCUAUUUUCUAUGAGCCUCGAGGACAGCUCUUGGCCGUCAGCAGCUGGUUUGGCACUUGCAAGGCCUCUGCGAGGCACCUCGGUCCACCAGAGGAGCUCGCCCCGCAGCGAGCCGUGCCGGCAGCCACCAGAGCAGACUGUGACACGAUACCUGGCGCAGGGACCAGCGCGGCCCCGGUGGCCCUGCAGCCCCCCGCCAGCCCGGGAUGUGGCCUCCGGCUGCGUGGGCAGGAGCGGGGCUGGCACGGUGCUGCGGAAGGAGGGGGCAGAGGAGCCGGCGUGGGUGCCUGGAGCAGCAGCUUGGCCUCCCAGGGCUCAGCAGUGUUUGCGACAAAGAUCAAACUACCGGGGCUCAAGUCCCUGGCCCCAUGGCAGAUAGGUUGUGGUGGGAAGGGUGGCCCAGCAGAGCCCCCAUCACCCAGACACAGGUACACACGGGCACCUGCAAGCACCCAAAAGCAACAUGAAUUUAGCCAGGGUGGAGACACCAGGCACAAAUCCUGGAAAACUCCUAAUUUUCUCGUGGGACAAGAAAAAUGGGUUGGCAGGGAGGGGUUUCCAUCUUAUCCCACAGUGCAAGGGGCUGCAAGCAGUGUCCGCAGGGUGACUAAGGGGAGCGGAUGGAGGAAUCAAGGCGAAACACCACAUCCACAGCAUGAGGAGCCACCAGCACGGAUGUGGGAGGGGCAGCUGCUUGGCUGGCAGUCCUUGGGAGGGAGAUGCGGUGCUGCCAGCAGCCUGGGCAUCACUGGCACAGCGUGUGUGAAUGGGGUGGGGGGGCCCCAGCGUCGCAGGCAGGCUGCACCACAGCUCUGCUGGGAAGAACUGGGUUGGUUUGGCGCACGUGGAGGAAGGCUGACGGAGAUCUGCAGGGAUCCCUGGCGUGUGCCGUGUCUGUCCGGUGCACUCCAUGGCCCCGGCACAGCCGCCCACCACCACGGUGCCCAGUGGUGUCUAUCCCUUGCAGGGGUAGAGUGUGUCCUCUUCAAUGAGGAGUACAUGACCUGCACAUGGGGAAGCAGAGAGACGCUCACGGCCAACUACUCCCUCUACUACUGGUACGAGAACAGGUCCCCUGUGGUGGAGUGCAAGCACUACCUGUGGGACCGGGGCGUCAGCAUCGGCUGCCACUUCAACCAGAGCGAGAUCAUCCAGUUCCAGCCUUUCCACGUCCUCAUCAAUGCCAGCCUCGGCGGCAGGACCCUGGAGAUCCUCAGCGAGCGCAUGGAGCUGCAGGACCUGGUGAAACCAGAAGCGCCCGUCAACCUGACCAUCCGCAACAUGAGCAGCAACCAGCUGCAGCUGACCUGGAGGUCCCCGUACCCCAAAGCCCAGUGCCUGGAGCACGCUGUCAAGUACAAGAGCAACAAGGACACCAGCUGGACGGAGCAGCGGGUGAAAGGAGAUGUCUUCUCCUUCCCCAGCGUGGACUACGAGAAGUACUACACCUUCUAUGUGCGCAGCAAGAUCAACAGCUACUGCGGCAGCACGCAGCUCUGGAGUGAGUGGAGCGUCCCUGUGGUCUGGGGCAGCAACUCCACCAGCAAAGGCGCAGCGGAAGAACAGCCGCACUGGUUCUGGAUCCACAGAGUCUUGAUCCCCAUUGCCGCCUGCCUGCUCCUGCUGGUCCUUGUUGUCCUGCUGGUGCGCAUGGAAAGGGUGUGGGUCAUCCUCAUGCCCCGAAUCCCCAACCCCAGCAAGAACUUUGAUGAGCUCUUCAUCACCCACAACGGCAACUUCCAGGAAUGGGCUGGAGUCCCCAAAGACGUCGUGGAGAGCUUCAGGCCAAACUAUAGCGAGAAUAUCUGCUACGUGAGCGAGCUGCCCCCCAAGGACAGCUAUGAGCCCCUCUGGGAGAGCAACGACCACCCACCGUCUGCGAUGCCCGGGGCCCCGGCUGCCCCUUGACCCCCAGCCCUGCUCCCUGCCAUGGCCACAUGGAGCUCCUCGCGAUAUGGUGACUGUGCUGCACUGCAGGGCGCUAGGUGAGCGUGGUGUGCUGGGUGCGCCGGGCAGUGCGUGGGGUGCAGCGCGCAGCAGCCUGGGCGCACCGUUUGUCGCAUGCGUGUGCUGCACUGGGUGCACUGGGUGCUGCUCUGGGUGCAUGGCAGCCCGCUGAGCACAGUGCACGGUGUGCCAGCACCUUACCUGUCCUGGAGGCAUCCAGCAGGGCGGGCAGGGUGACGUUCAUCCCACCACGAGCCCCGCUGCGCACAGGAUCCCUUGUGGGGUUGCUGCGGCACGGCAGAGCUGAUGGGCUCCCCACACCGCUCCCCCGUGGGCUGCCACACCGGGUGCACUGGGGACGCCGGGGGCUCGCUGAGCCCCACUCCUCGCGCCGAGGUGCCCGCGAGCACACCCGGGGACGUGUCCUGGCGAGGGGACAGAUGCAGCCAAGCAGGCAGGAGCCACCAGCCAACCGACGGGGACAUGGGGGCUGAGGACCACCAAGGGCCAAGGAGGCCAAAUGUGAGAAAAUGAAGGAAGAUUCACGAGGAGGACUGUAAAUAUGCUCAAGUGACUUGCAGCUAGGAUGUAGAAAAACAGAUAUAUGAUACUAACUGUUGUUUAGCCUGGUGUGUUUGACAUGUAGAACACCUGUGUUCAGAUAACAGGCCCGUGAUAGGCUGAGAGGCACCUAUUGAAGGUGCUUGAGAUUCCUGCCCUGCUGUGGGGAAGACCGAAGCGCAGUGUUAAACUACACCUGCACAACUCCCUGACCAACGGACAAAACCAGCAGGGUCGGCCAAGCUCUAUCACGGGCCAAGCUCUGUGGUGCCUGCAUCCCCGCUUGCGUGCCUUUGCUCCGGUGCUGCUUCGGGGAACGAAAAUAAAUUUCCCCUCUGCAUCCCA